AUGGCUGACACAGCUGCCUCGGCCAAAAGCAAUGGCAGUAACGGAGCCGGAAGCAAUGGCGGCUCGGGGCCCGGCAGCGGCGGUGGCGGUGCCAACGAUGUCUUUGACCGCAAAAAGGAAAUGUCCGAGUACGAGGCCGAGAAGAAGAUUAUCAAGGAUGCCAUUGCGCGGCGUGCCAAGAUCAUGAGCGAGCUCUCGACGCUCGAGGGUAAGAUUGCCGAUCUCGAGAACCGCUAUUUGGAGAGCACACCGACCGGCAACAUCCUCACCGGCUUUGACAACUACACCAAGGGUCUUACGGGGGCCGCUGCGCAGCGUCGCAAGGCUGGUACUGCUGAGCAGAACCGGGUGUUCUCCAGGAGUUCCGUCUCGUAUAACGUUCUCAAUCAAGAAGCAAACACACCUGCCUCGGGCACCUCGACACCAGGCGCGCCGACGCCGAUAUCUACCUCGUUCAACAACAAGGACAAGGGCCCAUCCGAGGCGCCGACGCCGACCUCUGCAACAGAGAAGAAGACGGCUGUCAGCAAGAAGAAGAAGGAAAAGGCUGCUCCCGAGGACAGCGAGACGGACUCGAGGGCCGACAGCAAGAAGGUCCGCACGCAGUUUGGUGCAAAUGGUCGAAAGUGA